GUUGAGUCGAGGGGUUGUCGUUGUCGUCGCUCGGGUCGGGUCGGGUCGGUCGGGCCGCGUUUGCGACGUUUUCACGUGAAGGGGCCGAAGUCGGUUGCUAAGCGACGGUUCAAACCCAUUUGUUUGAGAGACGUUUAAAGUGAGCGACUGGUUUUUCCGUUUCCUUCGUGAAUAAACAGUGUUCCCGGUGGCCGGAGGGCCCCGUCCCCGUCCCGCACCGCACCGCGAAAGAUGGCGGCGGCCGAGCGGGGCGGCAGCAGCGAGUUCGUGAGGUUUAUGCUAUCUCUGAUCAUUCCAGUGCUUUUCAUUAGUGCCUGUUUGUUACUGGCCCUCGUUGCUGUUUUAAUGGUAGUUCGUUUCUGGGUUAGCCAAAAGAAGAAGUUGGCACGGAGGGCUGGAAAAAAUGGCAAAAUAGUGGUGGCAUUCUUUCAUCCAUACUGCAAUGCUGGUGGUGGAGGAGAAAGAGUGUUGUGGUGUGCAGUACGAGCAAUGCAGCAGAGAUAUGAAGAUGUUGCUGUUGUCAUUUAUACUGGAGAUCUCAAUGUUGCUGCUGAAGAAAUUCUGGAUGGAGCCUACAGAAGAUUUAAUAUCAAAUUACCUCGUCCCGUUCAGUUCAUUUUCCUUGAAAAGCGUUAUCUUGUGGAAGCUAAGCUUUAUCCGUAUUUUACUUUACUCGGUCAAAGUUUGGGUUCUAUGUUGUUAGGCUGGGAAGCCCUUAUGAAAUGUGUUCCUGAUAUCUUUAUAGAUUCUAUGGGAUACGCAUUCACACUUCCACUCUUUAAGAAUUUAGGAGGGUGUCGAGUGGGAUGCUAUGUUCACUAUCCUACUAUUAGCACAGACAUGCUUUCUGUGGUGAGAAACAGGAAUCCAAGGUUUAACAAUGCAUCUUUCAUAUCCAAAAAUCCUAUACUGAGCAACAUGAAAAUUCUAUAUUACUAUGCAUUCUCCUUGAUGUAUGGAUUAGUUGGUUCCUGCAGUGACAUAAUAAUGGUGAAUUCCACUUGGACUCUGAAUCACAUUCUUGCUCUUUGGAAAGCAGGCAAUCGAACUCAUGUCAUUUACCCGCCAUGUGAUGUUCAGGCCUUCUUGGAUAUUCCACUGAUGGAUGAUAGCAAAAAGACAAACCAUUCUAUUGUUUCAGUUAGCCAGUUUAGGCCAGAGAAAGACCAUCCUCUGCAAAUCAAAGCUUUCCACCAGUUUCUGAAGAUGAAGAGGACCCAGGCAUUAUCUGUGAAGCUAAUAUUGAUAGGAGGUUGUCGGAACGCAGAUGAUGAAGAGCGAGUGUCUCAACUAAAAGAACUGUGUGAAAAGCUGGACAUUAAAGACGAUGUUGAAUUUAAGAUUAACGUCUCAUUUGAAGAGCUUAAAACAUAUCUAUCUGAAGCUACUAUUGGAUUGCAUACCAUGUGGAAUGAACAUUUUGGUAUAGGUGUGGUUGAGUGUAUGGCAGCUGGCACCAUAAUUCUGUCCCAUAAUUCAGGAGGCCCUAAACUAGAUAUUGUAAUAAAACAUGAUGGAGGUGUGACUGGUUUCCUGGCAGACACAGAAGAAUGCUAUGCUGAAGCUAUGAAUAAUAUUCUGUCACUGUCUUCUGAAAAAAGGCUGGAGAUUAGGAAGAAUGCCCGUCAGUCUGUGAGCAGAUUCUCAGAUGAGGAGUUUAAAGAUUCAUUCCUGUCUGCUAUGGAGCUAUUUUUAGCAAAAAAGACAAUGUAAUCAUUAAAGAAUAUCUUAAUUUUUCUCCCUUGGGAACAGUGUACUAUCAUGUGAUGGUUUGUGUAUGUCUGAAAAUGUUUAUAAUAUCUACAUUGUAAUUUGCUGUACAUAAAAUAGCUUGCAAGACAAACUUAUAUUUAACUUUUCUUUACACUGGUAGAAUAUUAAUUGUCUGAACAAUCCAUUCAUUGCACAAUAAAUAUAUUCUGGUAUCAAACUUG